CGGGCAGCGGACAGCCGCCGAGCUGCGGAGCGACAUGGUACUGCUCAAGGAGUAUCGAGUCAUCCUGCCUGUGUCUGUAGAUGAGUAUCAAGUGGGGCAGCUGUAUUCUGUGGCCGAGGCCAGCAAAAAUGAAACUGGUAGUGGUGAAGGCGUGGAGGUCCUGGUGAAUGAACCUUAUGAGAAGGAUGGUGAGAAAGGCCAGUACACCCACAAGAUCUACCACCUACAGAGCAGGGUACCCACAUUUGUUCCAAUGCUGGCCCCAGAGGGAGCACUGAAUAUACAUGAAAAAGCAUGGAAUGCCUACCCAUAUUGCAGAACUGUUAUUACAAAUGAGUACAUGAAAGAGGACUUUCUGAUUAAAAUUGAAACCUGGCACAAACCAGAUCUUGGCACCCAGGAGAAUGUGCAUAAACUGGAGCCUGAGGCAUGGAAACCUGUGGAAGCCAUAUAUAUAGACAUUGCAGAUCGAAGUCAAGUACUUAGCAAGGAUUACAAGGCAGAGGAAGACCCUGCAAAAUUUAAAUCUGUCAAAACAGGCCUCGGACCCUUGGGCCCAAAUUGGAAGCAAGAACUUGUAAAUCAGAAAGACUGCCCAUAUAUGUGUGCAUACAAACUGGUUACUGUCAAGUUCAAGUGGUGGGGCCUGCAGAACAAAGUGGAAAAUUUUAUACAUAAGCAAGAGAAGCGUCUGUUUACAAAUUUCCACAGGCAGCUGUUCUGUUGGCUCGAUAAGUGGGUUGAUCUGACCAUGGACGACAUUCAAGGAUGGAAGAAGAGUCGAAGAGACAGCUAGAUGAGAUGAGACAAAAGGACCCAGUGAAAGGAAUGACAGCAGAUGACUAAAGC